AUGUUAUCUGAUAUCUUCAUAAGUGAUCUGGAUGAUGAGACGAAGCGUAGCCUGGGAAAAAUCUCCCCGUCGGAUCCCACUGAAAGCUCCGUUUUGGGCACCGCCACUCCUAAGAAACUCAAAUUGCACCAACGGGCUCUGGGGGGAGCCCGCAGCCGGUGCUCUUCAGAUGGGAGCAUCGGAUUCACAACAUGGGGCCCAAGAGAGGCAAGGAGCACAGCAAUGGGAAAGGAAAGCAGAAGGCCUCGGCACCCUUCCCACCUCCAAAGUGGGUCCUUCCAUCGUCCCACUGCAACGAGCAAAGCCAACACUGGGCAACCCUCUAAAAUGUUUAUUUGGACCAGUGGCCGGAGCUCUACAUCUUACAGACAUGAUGAGAAAAGAAAUAUUUACCAAAAAAUCAGGGAUCACGACCUACUGGACAAAAGGAAAACAGUCACAGCCCUAAAAGCCGGAGAAGACCGGGCCAUACUCCUCGGGCUGGCCAUGAUGGUGUGCUCUAUCAUGAUGUACUUUCUCCUGGGAAUCACCCUGCUGCGGUCUUACAUGCAAAGUGUCUGGACGGAAGAGGCUCAGUGCUCGCUUCUCAAUGCAUCCAUCACAGAAACCUUCAACUGCUCAUUUAGCUGCGGCCCAGAUUGCUGGAAAAUCUCUCAGUACCCCUGCCUCCAGGUGUACGUUAAUCUCACCUCUUCUGGCCAGAAGCUUCUGCUCUACCACACCGAGGAAACAAUGAAAAUUAAUUCUGAGUGCUCAUACAUACCCAAGUGUGGCAAGAAUUUUGAGGAAUCCAUGUCACUGGUGAGCGUUGUGAUGGACAACUUCAGAAAGUACCAACGCUUCUCCUGCUUCUACGACCCCGAGGGCGUUCAGAAGAACGUGAUCCUAACCAAACUGUACAGCUCCAACGUGCUAUUCCACUCCCUCCUCUGGCCCACCUGCAUGAUGAUCGGCGGCGUCGCCAUCGUCGCCAUGGUAAAGCUGACUCAAUACCUUUCCCUCCUCUGUGAGAGGAUCCAAAGGAUCAACAGAUAAAACCGAAAACUUCUUGAGAUUGAAUUGCAGUGAAAAAAUACUCAUUCUUCACCAAAGAACCUUAAGUUUGUAACGUGCAAGUCUGUUCUAAGUUCCUUACUAUAUUCUUGUAAGUAGAGCAAUAAUGCAAAAGCUGUUCUAUAUGCAAACAUGAUGUU